AUGGGUGCCGUCGUCUCUUGCAUCCAAAGCGUCUUCCGCGCCAUCGGAAGCUGCCUCAUGGCCAUCGUCAACGCAAUCGGUUCGAUCUGCCACGCCAUCAUCAGCGGCGUUGUCACCGUGAUUGACGUUCUCAUCUCCUGCCUCACCUGCGGUUACUGUGGAAAACGUCGACGCGGACGACGAUCGGCAGUCUGA